UGUGUGUGUGUGUGUGUGUGUGUGUGUGUGUGUGUGUCCAUGUGCAGAAGAAAUGUAUUGUACCAAAAAAUCAACUCUGCUCUUGUUCAUAUUGGGUCUCCUGGGAAUUUUAUAUCUUUGGAUUGUUCAUAUAGACAGAUAUGCAAUGCCCUCUGACCUUUUGCCAUUCCAGAAGACCAAAGACCACCAUGGGUGCAGAGGGACCACUCUUCAUUUCCCAUUGCCAAACCAGAAGGGUGUGGAUUCCAAACGCAAUGUCAGCUGUGGGGGCAGUGUUAUCGACAAAGUGAUGGAAGGUUAUUCACUAAACUGGAAAAGGAAUGAAACCAAUUAUCAACAGUUCCGGGUGUUGCUGAGCAGCAUGUGCAAUGGUACCUCUAAAGCAGUCGUCACGCAAGACAAAACUCCUGUGGGCUCAACUGUCACUUACGAUGGUGAGAGUAAAAAGACACUGAAAGUAGAUGCUCCACUGUUCAGCCUCUUUCCAAAGGAGUCACCCUUUGUAAACAAAACUUGGGAUACAUGUUCUGUUGUUGGAAAUGGAGGUAUUCUGACCAACAGUAGCUGUGGACCGCUUAUUGAUUCUGCCCAAUUUGUUAUUAGGUGCAACCUUCCACCAAUUGAAAACGACUAUGAAAAGGAUGUGGGCAAUGAGUCUGAUCUGGUAACAGCCAACCCCAGCAUCCUACACGAAAAGUUCAAGGAUCUGGUAGAGCGCCGGAAACCCUUUGCAGAUAAGCUCCGUUCUUACGGCAACUCCCUGAUCUUCUUGCCUGCCUUCUCAUUUAGCUUCAACACAGCACUGUGUCGGCGUGCCUCAUACACCGCUGAAGACUUCCAGAGCCCAGCUCAGCCUGUGUACAUGAACCCAGAGUACAUGAGGAAUGUGGCCCUCUUUUGGCACUCCCAGGGCCUACGGGCUAAGCGGCUAAGCACGGGUCUCAUCAUGGCGAGCCUGGCGCUCGAGCUGUGCUCCAGCGUGCACCUUUACGGCUUCUGGCCCUUCAGCACGCAUCCGCAUACCUGUCAAGCCCUCGCCAAUCACUACUACGACAAUGUACAGUUCAAGAAGAACAUCCAUGCCAUGCCCACCGAGUUUGGCCUGUUGCUACGCCUGCACAGUCAGGGCAUUCUCAGGGUGCACCUCGGGCAGUGCCCAAAAUGUUCAUAACAGAAGUAUGUACGUCUGCCAUGUUCAAAAGAAUCUAUUCUUAUUAUUGUUUUAUUAUUAUUAUUGUUGUUGUUAUUACUAUGGGCAUGUUGGUAGAACUUAAAGCAACACUCCGUUUUUUUGGACACAGGACCUCAUUUCCGAGUCAGCCAGAGUGUUAGAAGUGUGUCCAGAUCGUUUUUUUGAAAUUCCAUGCAGUCAUUGUA